GCCUGCUCUAGUAUAAAUACCGUGCAGCUUCAACUAUCGCUCUCGUCAAUGUCAACAGAAGAAGUAUCUAGUUGAGACAUCGACAACCAAUAGAAGAACAGGAAGAAACGAAAGGACUCCAAAAAUUUUACGUAAUGGGAUCUGCUCAAGAUAACAAAAAGGGUUUACUCCAACGUUUGGAUGAGGGAGUGGUCAUUGGUGAUGGAGGAUUUGUGUUUGCUUUGGAGAAACGAGGUUAUGUGAAAGCAGGACCUUGGACACCGGAAGCAUGUGUCGAGAAUCCAGGAGCUGUGAGUCAACUUCAUAGAGAAUUUCUAAGAGCUGGUUCAGAUGUGAUGCAAGCUUUCACAUUUUAUGCCAGUGAUGAUAAACUAGCAAACAGAGGAAAUGAAGCUGGAAAAAAAUUUACAGGGCGGGACAUAAAUAAUGCAGCAUGUAAACUUGCUCGAGAAGUGGCAGAAGAAGGUGAUUGCCUUGUUGCAGGUGGACUUUCUCAAACUCCAACUUAUCUGUCAGGCAAAAACAAAGGAGAGGUGCAGGAAGAAUUUCGAAAACAGGUCAAAGUGUUCACUGAAAAUGGAGUGGAUUUUCUAAUCUGUGAGUAUUUUGAACAUGUUGAAGAGAUAGUAUGGGCUAUUGAAGUCUGCAAAGAGGCAAAGUUACCUGUGGCAGCUAACAUGUGUAUUGGUCCUGAGGGUGACCUUCACCACACAUCAUGUGGAGAAUGUGCAGUAAAGAUGGUUAAAGCAGGUGCUGAUGUAGUAGGAGUCAAUUGCCAUUUUGACCCAUUUGUAUCUUUGGAAGCUAUGAAACUUAUGAAGAAAGCUCUGGAUACUGAAGGACUCAAAGCUCACCUUAUGUGUCAGCCUUUAGCAUUUCUUACUCCUGAUGCAGGAAAACAGGGAUUUAUUGACCUUCCAGAGUUUCCAUUUGCAUUGGAACCCAGGAUUUGUUCAAGGUGGGACAUGCACCGUUUUGCUAGGGAAGCCUAUAAUCUUGGAAUCCGUUACAUUGGUGGAUGUUGUGGUUUUGAACCAUAUCACAUCCGUGCUGUUGCAGAAGAGCUUGCAGAAGAAAGGGGGAAGAAACCCAUAGCAUCGGUGAAACACGACAUGUGGGGUGAAGGGCUGAGGAUGCAUACCAAACCUUGGGUUAGGGCAAGAGCUCGUCGUAGUUACUGGGAGAAGAUCAACCCUUCUUCUGGACGCCCCUAUUCUGCUUCUUGUUCAAAACCUGACAACUGGGGUAUUACAGCUGGGUCAAAAGAGUUGAAACAACAUUCAGAGGGGACAACAAUUGAAGAGCUUCAAGGGGUUUUCUCAUAUAUAAAGGCUUAAAUAUUAAUUUUGUUAUAGUUCUUGCUAGAUAUUCAAUUUUAAAAGUUUCAAAACUGUAUGCAUACUCUAAAAGUAUAGAAAAGAUGUACUCUAAGAAAUGCUUAAUGAAAUUUAUUUUAAAUAUAUUUUAUUAUUUCAUGUUUUUUUUCCCAAUUGUAUAUAUUGAUCAUACUAAUUUUUUGUUUAUUUUUAAUUAUUUCCAGUAAACUUGUUUGUUUGUCUGUACAUGUAUUAAUCUUAAUAAGUUAAUAUGUGUUCAGUUUGAUUAUCAAACGCUACUAUACAAAAUAAAAUACAUAUCAGGAA